UGAAGGCCGCCAGGAGUGGAUUGUCCUCUCUUAUUUAGUCUCACGGUGCAAAAAUAAGGUCUCUUGCUGACCGAGAUUUCCACUUACUGAUUUCUUUGUCCCGAGAGCAACGAGCCCCCGAAAAUAUAUAAGGGACUACCAACAAGUCGCUUGCACCCCUCGACUUUCAGAUAUUGUGGAGAGGCUGUGUCGAAAUGCUAUAUACAGUUGAACUGGGCGUCAGCAACUUUCAAUUUACUGAUUCUGAGAUUGAUAUCUCUCUCAAGACCACAACAAAACUUCUUUUCUCCUCGAACUACUCGGACAUAACAGGCAGCAAUAAAGCCUUCUCAGAUUUAGUCGAUUCGGGAGCGAUAUUUGUGACUCCUGCUAGCGAAACUCAGCUAUAUAUUCAUAUAAAAGUACAGUCUUGUACGGUUAUUUUGACACCGUCUGUAUUAACACAAGUCGAGCGGGCAUUUCGUGACGCAAAGCUCUGGCUGAACACCGGCUUGUUGCCCGUACACAAAGAAUACAAACACCGGAGGGAAUCUGAGGGGCACAUUGCCAUGUCCAUGAAUAUAACCCUCAACAGAACCAUAAAUACACUUUUUCCUGCGAGCCUGCUCCGGAUUCCCCUCCGGGCGAUCGAUACUCAAGACGCACGACCACCCGAUGGGAUUCCAACAGCAUCGAUAAGUUCUAUAGAAAUUUCCUUGGAAACAGUGGUAUCAAACCCUGAGACAGUGAUGAAAGCCUGCUCCCCAGCAUUGAGAACAGAUUCGAACGAUGUUUCCACUUCAGUAUCAAAGUCAGAAAUUGCGAAGAUUCCUAAAAAUCUUAGCAAAUCAAGGAGUGCUUUCUCACAGAACACCUGGCAAACAAUGGGCUCGGAGCUACUUGAAGAACACGCUGGACAAGAAGACUACACUGAGACUACGGACUGCCAGCUGUUACCAAGGAAAGACUUAGAAAUCGGCCAGCAUAUAUGCAGACUGAUAGACACUGCAUUUCGGAGUCUAAUGACUUCAAACUUCAAAGUCACUAGAGGAAUCAAGUGUACGACGGAUACUACUCGCAAACUGCCACAAAUUGCUCCAGCCAUGUUUCGGUGUGGCUAUUCUGAUGCUAUCAACCACCGGAAUAUAUUCAUACCUCAGAUAGCAAGAGCGGCAACUUCUAUCCUCAAAAAAUCAAAGAACGUGGUGCUACAAAAGAAGCUAUCACUGCUGGAGGAGUCAUAUUGGUCUCAAUGCCGCAACAUCGGCUUAACACCACCAGUCACAGACACACGGGCAAUGGUCAAGACAUUUUUGUGGCGAGUGGCCCAGAGGGGCCUCCAAAAUUUGAAACCAUCCAGAGGUUUGAACCCUCUGGAAUUUGAGCCUUCUCUGCCAGAGACAAUAAUAGAUGGCGUGUCUCGUUUAGAUUCUAUCCUGGAAGAAACAAACUAUGGAUUCGCCUUCGACGAGUAUUUAGACGAGGAGAUGGAUUUUGAUAUUGACGAAAUCGACGAUCUGGACGAAGAGAUGUUUUUCAGUUCUGACGGAGAGGCAUAUGCCUUGUCUGUUGCCACGUUGGACGACCCUGCGGAGGAACACAACGGCUUAGAAUACGACCCCGUGAUUGACGAUAAUGCAGACUCGCAUUCCCUCAGAAGCUGCCUACGCUCCGAAUCGCCCAUUUUAAAGAGUGAUAAUUUCCUAGAGGGGGGGUCAAGGCUGGUCUCUGGUCCAUGCUCCUCGUCCAGUAUCCUUUGCAGUGACGUGGAGAUGCUCACAUCCGACCCGAUCAACAUGUUUUCUUCAAGUCCGAUGCUGUGUGCCUUGGAUUCUAUGUCUAUUCAAGGGGGAGAUUCUUGUACUGACAUGGAGGAGAUGAUAUAUGGUGACUGCCUAUAAGGUGUAAUAUGAUCUAAUAAAAUAGACUGAGCUUCUGAUUCC